AUGAGUAGAUUAUCCCUUCAAACUGCAAUCACAGUCAAAUCGUUUCUCCUGGUUUACUUACUAGGAAGUGUUGUUGUAUCCCAUUUAGAUUCUGGAGUUGGAAGUCUCAAAACCAAAUGCAUUGAUGAAGAAAGGAGAGCUCUCCUCAAGUUCAAGGACAAUCUUAAAUCCUAUAACAAUGACACUCUUUCUUCUUGGGGCUAUGAAGAAGAAAAGAAGGAUUGUUGCAGUUGGGAUGGAAUUGGGUGUGACAACAUAAGUGGACAUGUCAUCAUGCUAAAUCUUUCACAUCUUCAACUUAGUACCGGAGGUAAGUCUCUGAACCCUCCAUUGACUGAGUUGCAUUAUUUGGUUUAUUUGGACCUCAGUGGCAUCGACUUGAGUGGGAACAACAUCUCAACUUUGAUUGGAAACAAUAUGUUUUCCCUUCAACACCUUGAUCUUUCUUCAACUCAACUAGAAGGCUCUAUUCCCGAAACUUUUGGGAACAACAUGACUUCCGUUUCAUACCUUGAUCUUAGUUUCGGUUACUUAACAGGUCCCAUUCCAAAUUCUCUAGGGAACAUGACUCUCCUUACACACCUCAGUCUUAGCUAUAAUGAUUUCACGGGUUCAAUUCCUGAAUCAUUUGCCAACCUAGAGACCUUGCAUACCUCGAUCUUAGCGGGAACAAGUUAA